CGGAACAUGGACCGCGCCCGCCUCUGGCUGGGGCUGCUGCUGCCCUUGGUGGCCGCGCUGGACUUCAGGUACCACCACCAGGCAGAGAUGGAGGCGUUUCUGAAGGCUGUCGCCCGAAACUACAGUUCCAUCACCCACCUGCACAGCAUCGGGAAGUCCGUGAGAGGCAGAAACCUGUGGGUUCUUGUUGUGGGGCGCUUCCCGAAGGAGCACAGAAUUGGGAUUCCGGAGUUCAAAUACGUGGCCAAUAUGCAUGGAGAUGAGACUGUGGGGCGGGAAAUGCUGCUCCAUUUGAUCGAGUAUCUGGUAACCAGCGAUGGAAGAGACCCUGAAGUCACGCAUCUGAUCAACAGCACCCGCAUACACAUCAUGCCUUCAAUGAACCCGGAUGGAUUUGAAGCUGUCAAAAAGCCCGAUUGUUUUUACAGUAAUGGAAGGGAAAAUAGUAACGACUAUGACCUGAAUAGAAAUUUCCCCGAUGCUUUUGAAUUGAAUAAUGUAUCAAGGCAGCCUGAAACGGUGGCCGUCAUGGAGUGGCUGAAAACAGAGACCUUUGUCCUCUCUGCAAACCUGCACGGUGGCGCCCUGGUGGCCAGUUACCCAUUUGAUAAUGGUGUUCCAGCAACUGGGACGUUACACUUCCGGAGCUUGACCCCCGACGAUGACGUUUUUCAAUACCUCGCUCAUACCUAUGCUUCAAAAAAUCCCGACAUGAAGAAGGGAGAUCAGUGUAAAAAUAAAAUGAACUCUCCUAACGGGAUUAUAAAUGGAUACUCUUGGUAUCCACUCAAAGGUGGAAUGCAAGAUUACAACUACAUCUGGGCCCAGUGUUUUGAAAUUACGUUGGAGCUGUCAUGCUGUAAAUAUCCUCCCGAGGAGAAGCUUCCAGUCUUCUGGAAUUUUAACAAAGCCUCACUGAUUGAAUAUAUAAAACAGGUGCACCUAGGUGUAAAGGGUCAAGUUUUUGAUCAGAAUGGAAAUCCGUUACCCAAUGCAAUUGUAGAAGUCCAAGACAGAAAGCAUAUCUGCCCCUACAGAACUAACAAAUUUGGAGAAUAUUAUCUCCUUCUCUUGCCUGGGUCCUACAUAAUAAAUGUCACGGUCCCUGGACACGACCCACACCUCACGAAGGUGGUUAUUCCAGGAAAAUCCCAGAACUUCAGUGCUCUGAAAAAGGAUAUUUUACUUCCAUUCAGAGGGCAGUUGGAUUCUAUCCCAGAAUCCAGUCCUUCAUGUCCUGUGGCUCCUCUGUACGGUGAUGUGCCAAGCCACUCGGCUGCAUCAAAGCCCAGUCUGUUCUUAUUUUUGAUGACUAUUUUUUACAUAUUGUUCAAGUAAAGCAAAACGUGAAACUCAACCCCCCUCGCCACCUGGAAUCGGGGAUCACUCACGCAGGUGACGGCAACUCUCACUCCUGUGGGAUCAAGACCGGAUAAACUCCACGGUCCCUCCCUGAGGAGAGAAACCCUGCAACAAGCAGUGUGGCGAUGGUGAAGGAAGACACCUACCUCUCAGCACUGCCCGCUCACACCUCGCCUUCCAGUUUCUCAGAAACUUGUAAGAAGUUAGACUUGAGAAGCAAAAAGGAAGCUCCUGCAAGAAAAAAAGGAGCAAAUUCUGUCGUCAGGGAGCCAGAUGAAUAUAGGCAAUGAAGAUGAACGUUCACUGAUCACCUGCUGUACUCAAGACCCUGCCAUGAGUGCCCCCUGUGAAGGGAGAGUGCCACGUAUAAUUAGUUCUCAGCA